CACUGUUCACACAGUCUGUCAGGAGAUUCACGGUUAAACACAACACACACACACAGGACAUUAGUAGCGUUCUCAGUUCUGUGUUACUGAAUCUGAGUUACACUCCCUUGCCUAAAUAAGAAUACCCUAAAUGACACUGGUUAAUUCCCGCCAACCGUGUGAGACGUCGCUAAAACUGCCGGUUAACAGAAACAUAACCUGUGUGUGUGACCCUGUAGCAGGGGUCUGUCCCAGCGCCAGCCUCCAUCACGAGCCUAGCAGGAGCGCGCCGCGCAGGGAUGCUGAGUGCGGACACAUACUGGGCUCCUCGCGGAAAGGGUUAAGGGGCAUCAGUAAUGCACGCGGAGUGGGAGGCGCAGCUCGAGGCGCAGAGGCAUUGUCAUGCAAAGAGACCACCGCCUCGGCAUUGUCUUGCGGACUACCGACUUUAUUAUAAACACCGCGCGAGCAACACGGGUGGAGCAGAGAGCCGUCAAACGGAGACCGACAGCGAGAGGAACAGGAGCAGAGCGGACGGACGAGCACCAUAGUGCGAGAGAGAUCACCAAGGAAGCCAAGGAGGCACAUGACGAGGGGAGUCGGUGGCACGUAAUCGGUGAAACCGGGAGAACCCAGAGCGCAGUAACCUACUCUUAAUAAGUCUGACAGUUUUUUUUUUUAAUCCCGCCAUACGCCCGGAGAGCGCAGCUGACCCUACCGGAGCGCGUCAUUACCGGCAAAGUAUCGGAACCGUAGAGAGGACAGCGCGUAACCAGCGGAUGCUUAUCUGAGCCGCGCGCCAGCUCGCCCCUUCUUUUCGGAACUUUCGCUCCCCGCGCCUGACGGCUGCUGCGGCCGACCGGAGCGGACUGACUCCAUGUAUAAAAUGGAUUACUCGUAUCUGAACACAUACGACUCCUGCAUGGCGGCCAUGGAGGCGUCGGCCUAUGCAGACUUCAGCUCCUGCAGUCAGUCCAACGGCUUCCAGUACAACCCCAUCCGGAGCAGCUUCGGCCCGAACCCGACCUGCCCGCCACUCACUUCCGCAAGUUGCACGCUGGGCGCCCUGCGCGAGCACCAACCCGCCCCGUAUUCCACAGUGCCCUAUAAAUUCUUCUCGGAUCCGUCCAGUUUAAAUGAGAAGCGAAAGCAGCGGCGAAUCCGCACGACCUUCACCAGCUCCCAACUGAAGGAGCUCGAGCGCGUCUUUGCGGAGACGCAUUACCCGGACAUCUACACGCGCGAGGAGCUUGCACUCAAGAUCGACCUAACCGAAGCGCGUGUACAGGUAUGGUUUCAGAACCGGAGGGCCAAGUUCCGCAAACAGGAGCGCGCUGCCAACUCGAAGGGUUCUGGUGGUGUGGGUGGGUCGAGCAGUAAGAAGGGCAGCGGUUCUGGCUCAGGUGAAGCCCGAUCCUCCUCGGAGGACGACGAGUCCAAGGAGUCUUCCUGCAGCCCCACGCCUGACAGUACGGCCUCCCUACCUGCAGGGGGCAGUCUCAGCCCAAGCCCCCCCGGAGCCCCCCAGAGCCUCAAGCCCGCCCCCGUCAGCUGGCCCCCGCUCAGCCCCGCCCACACCACAAGCCACACCCACACCAUAAGCUCCACCCCACAGGGUCAGGAGCUGCUGAAGGCCUGGGGGAGUGAGGGGGCGGGGCUAGGUGUGAGUCUGGGGGCGGGGCCAUUUGCAGGCGUUCUGUCAUCCUUCCAGAGAAAACCCAACGCCUUGAAAGCCAAUCUGUUUUAGGACUGAUACACAUACACACAAACACACACACACACACAAACACGCACUCAGACACACCCAAAUGUCCCCUUCCUUAUGUGACCUACACUUGCCUCAUGAUCCACUUGCAUUUGAGCUGGACUCUCAUUUUAUUUAUUUCAAUUUGGAUUCAGUGUGUGUGUGUGUGUAUUUGAGAGAGAGAGAGAGUGUGAGUGUGUGUGUUUGAGAGAGUGUGUUUGUGUGUGAGUAUCUUCUAUGGGACUGAGAUUGGCAUCCAUCCCUCUUUUAUUCCUGCCUCUGUAAUGUCAAAACAUACUGACUGACACACACACACACACACACACACACACACACACACUACAGUGCACUCAUUUCAAUGUGAAUUGAGACAACUGAGUCCUGAUUCCCCUGGGAACAUUUUUUGGGAGGACAGAGACGGCAACAGCAAGCACAACUUAAACCAACACACACACACACACACACACACUUAAACCAACAUACACACACACACACACUUAAACCAACACACACACACACACACACACUUAAACCAACAUACACACACUUAAACCUAACCCAAAGUCAACACACACACACACACACUUCCUCUUCUCUCACAAAGGGACUGGUAGAGGAAGGGACUGACAAAAACAUUGCAAUCCAAUUAGAGAGCAACCACACACACACACACCACACACACACAUAUAUAAACACACACACCACACACAUUUCCACAGACGAGAGAGAAUGAGAGAGAGAGGUACGAGACAGACAGAAACCUGGGUUAUUUCAGAAACACACACUUUUGACUGAGCAUCUCCUCCACCACAAUAAGCACACACACAUACACACACACCACCUCAUCAUUACUC